AUGGGUAUUCCCGCGGCUUUCCGAUGGCUUUCUUCCAGAUAUCCUAAGAUUAUCUCGCCGGUAAUUGAGGAUCAGCCCCUUACCAUGGAAGAUGGCUCCACGAUUCCUGUUGACACGACUCGCCCAAACCCGAACGGCGAAGAGUUCGAUAACCUGUAUCUCGACAUGAACGGCAUCGUUCAUCCUUGUUCUCAUCCUGAAGAUCGACCAGCUCCCAAAGAUGAGGAGGAAAUGAUGAUGGAAGUGUUCAGAUAUACCGAUCGCGUGGUGAAUAUGGUUCGGCCCCGGAAGAUACUCAUGAUUGCAGUUGAUGGUGUUGCACCUCGAGCCAAGAUGAACCAGCAACGGUCAAGACGAUUCCGUUCUGCACAAGAAGCCCAAGAGAAGGAGAAGGACAAGCAAGAACUUAUCAAACUUCUGAAACAACAGAAUGGUGGUAAUUUGACUGCCGAAAGUGAAGAGACUGUCCUAAAAAAGGCAUUCGACUCAAACUCGAUCACACCUGGAACGCCUUUCAUGGACAUUCUCGCCCUCAGCCUGAGGUAUUGGUGUCAGUACAAACUCAACACGGAUCCCGGUUGGGCGAAACUCAAAGUCAUCAUUUCUGAUGCUACUGUUCCCGGAGAAGGAGAGCACAAGAUCAUGAAUUUUGUUCGGUCCCAGCGGGCAUCACCAGACCAUGACCCCAACACUCGGCAUGUGAUAUAUGGUCUUGAUGCCGAUCUUAUCAUGCUUGGGCUUGCAACCCAUGAACCUCAUUUUCGUGUCCUCCGCGAAGACGUCUUCUUUCAGGAACAGAAGGCUCGUUUGUGUAAGCUCUGUGGCCAGAAAGGACAUGACGCUCAGAAUUGCCGCGGCGAAGAAAAGAAGAAAGAUGGCGAACACGAUGAGAAGGACAAAGGUGUCGCCCUCAAACCUUUCAUCUGGCUUCAUGUCGCUGUAUUGCGAGAAUACCUCGAAGUUGAGCUCAGCGUCCCUAAUUUGCCCUUCCGUUUCGACGUGGAACGUGCUGUUGACGAUUGGAUCUUCAUGUGCUGUUUCGUUGGUAACGAUUUCUUACCGCAUCUUCCAGCCCUGGAAAUUCGAGAGCAUGGAAUUGAUACCCUAACGAAAAUCUGGAAAGACAACCUGCCUAUUAUGGGUGGCUACGUAACCAAAGACGGGCAUAUCGAUCUUGAAAGAGCGCAGGUGAUUCUGAGCGGGUUGGCCAAACAAGAAGACGGUAUCUUCAAGCGGCGAAAAGAACAGGAAGACCGGCGCGAGGCCAACUUCAAGCGGAGAAAGCUGCAGAAUGAGAACAACGGCCGAGGCGGCCGUCAAGGUGGACCUGCUCAUCCCAAGAAGAUCAAUGGCCUCGAAAACCCUGCCAACGUGCUACUCCAACCCAUUACCUCCUUUUCUGGACCGAACGAGCAGAGAUUGACGCACGACAUGAUUGUGAACCGCAGUGGCGCGCCAGGUGCGAACGUGGCCAACAAGAGCGCUGCGAGUGUCUUCAAAGCCCAGCUCCAGUCGCAGAAGUCACUAUCAACUACGAAACCAGCGGAAGUGGAUCAAGAUUCUGCUUCCGCUCUUGGAAAACGAAAGGCAUCAACACUCGAAGAAGGGGAUGGCUCGACUCCUGAUACAUCCAAUGCUCCAACUCCAGCAGCCCCAACAGAGGAGGGCCCCGUCGAUGAUGUGCGUCUCUGGGAGGAUGGCUAUGCUGAUCGAUACUACGAGAAGAAAUUCCAUAAAGACCCCCAAGACAUUGAGUUUCGUCACGAGGUCGCACGGGCAUAUGUUGAGGGCCUUGCUUGGGUCUUGCUGUACUAUUUCCAGGGGUGCCCCUCUUGGGAGUGGUAUUACCCAUAUCAUUAUGCCCCAUUUGCAGCUGACUUUCAAGACAUCGACAAGAUGAAGAUUUCCUUCGAGAAGGGCAGAAUAUCUAAGCCAUUCGAGCAGUUGAUGAGUGUCUUGCCAGCUGCAUCACGCCAUGCCCUUCCUGAGGUUUUCCACGACCUCAUGCUAAACCCUGAAAGCAACAUCAUUGACUUCUAUCCGGAGGACUUCGAAAUUGAUCUCAAUGGCAAGAAGAUGGCUUGGCAGGGUGUUGCUUUACUUCCUUUCAUUGAGAUGCCUCGCCUACUAGCCGCCGUUCAAGCAAAAUACCCGCAACUCAGUGCAGCGGAUUCAGCACGUAACGAAAUGGGCAGAGAUGUUUUGAUCUUCUCAGAAGCCCACGAGAGCCUGUACGAUGACGUUCUAACCAAAUUCUACUCCAAGAAACAAGGGGACUCCAAAUUCAAGCUGAACCCGAAAAAGAGUGACGGCUUGUCGGGCAAGGUCGAGAAGAAGGAGGGAUAUGUCCCGCACGAAGAAUUGAAGUACCCUCUCGAGAGGAAUGGUAUGCCCAAUCUCGACUAUGAUCGGUCGGUCAGCGUCUACUACGAUAUGCCUUCCGUUUCACAAACACACAAGUCGAUGCUGCUUCGUGGGGUUCAGCUUCCGAAGCCUGCUCUCACACAAAGUGACAUUCAAGAUAUUCGGAACAAAGCCAACCGUGGUGGCAGGAAUGGCGGCUUCGGGCGAGGGGGCCACAAUCGAGGUGGCUACAAUGGCCCUGGUAUGUCGCGCGGGCCCCAGCAAGACAGGCAUCAAGGAGGAUCUGGUCGGCCUAAUGGCCAUUACCCUCCGCCGGCCGCUUCUCAUCAUGUGCCUCCACCACCAGGAGCCCCUGGAUUUGGGAUCGGUGUACCACCACCGCCCCCACCAGCUCAUUAUUACAACAACCAGCAAUACGACAACCGCCACGGCGGUGCUCCAGGCUAUAACAACCAAUACAGAGGCCCACCGCAACCACCUCGUGGUGCUUCUGGUUAUCAGGGCUACGGAGGACAACCCUAUGACAGAGGACGAGGCUCAGGAGGAUACGGCUCAGGAGGCCAUGGUUCUCGAGGUAACUACCGAGAUGGGCGGUCAUACAGGUAG